AUGAUCGCGUCCGUGAAGUCCGGCAAGGUGAUGAACCUCAACGCCGUCAAGAACGCGGCCGCGCGGAAAUACGGCCUGCGCCGAUCGCCCAAGCUCGUCGAGCUCAUCAGCGCGGUCCCGGACGAGCACCGCGACGCGCUCCUCCCGGCGCUGCGCGCGAAGCCGGUGCGGACCGCGAGCGGGAUCGCGGUCGUCGCGGUGAUGUCCAAGCCGCAUCGGUGCCCGCACAUCGCGACCACGGGGAACAUAUGCGUCUACUGCCCGGGAGGGCCGGAUUCCGAUUUCGAGUACUCCACGCAGUCGUACACAGGGUACGAGCCGACGUCCAUGCGCGCGAUUCGCGCGCGGUACGACCCGUACGUCCAAGCGCGCGGGCGCGUGGAUCAGCUGCGGAAGCUCGGGCACAGCGUGGACAAGGUGGAGUACAUCCUCAUGGGCGGGACGUUCAUGAGCUUGCCCGCGGAGUACCGGGACUGGUUCGUGAGGAACCUGCACGACGCGCUGUCCGGCGCGAGCAGCGCGUCCGUCGCGGACGCGGUCGCCGCGUCCGAGCAGUCGAGAAUGAAGUGCGUCGGGCUGACGAUCGAGACGCGGCCGGACUACUGCCUGUCGCCGCAUCUGCGUCAGAUGCUUCUGUACGGGUGCACGCGCCUGGAGAUCGGGCUGCAGUCGAUUUACGAGGACGUCGCGCGGGAUACGAACCGAGGGCACACGGUCGAGGCGGUGCAGAAGUGUUUCGAGCUCGCGAAGGACGCCGGGUUCAAAGUCGUCGUGCACAUGAUGCCGGAUCUGCCCAACGUUGGGAUGGAACGCGACCUGGAGUCGUUUCGCGAGUUUUUCGAGAGCCCAGACUUUCGCACAGACGGCUUGAAGCUCUACCCGACGCUCGUCAUCCGCGGCACCGGUCUGUACGAACUCUGGCGCACGGGGCGAUACCGCAACUACGCGCCCGAUCGCCUCGUGGACCUCGUCGCGCGCGCGCUCGCGCUCGUCCCGCCGUGGGUCCGCGUGUACAGAGUCCAACGCGAUAUCCCGAUGCCACUCGUCACCGCGGGCGUCGAGAAGGGCAACCUCCGAGAGCUCGCGCUCGCGCGCAUGGGCGACCUCGGGCUCCGGUGCCGCGACGUGCGGACGCGCGAGGUUGGGAUCCAGGACAUCCACAGCAAGGUGAAGCCCGAGGAGGUUGAGUUGGUGCGUCGAGACUACGCGGCGAACGGCGGGUGGGAGACGUUUUUGUCGUACGAAGACCCGCGGCAGGACAUCCUCGUCGGGCUGCUUCGGCUUCGGCGGUGCGGCGCGACCGCGGCCGCGACGUCGCCGGAGCUGAGAGGUCAGAAGUGUUCCAUGGUGCGAGAGUUGCACGUGUACGGCAGCGCGGUGGCGGUGCACUCGCGCGAGCGAGGGAAGUUUCAGCACCAGGGGUACGGCACGUUGCUCAUGCGCGAGGCGGAGCGCAUCGCGCGGCGGGAGCACCGGAGCGCGAAGCUCGCGGUCAUCUCCGGCGUGGGGACGCGGCAUUACUACCGGAAGCUCGGGUACGAGCUCGAGGGACCGUACAUGGUGAAGACGUUGCGAUGA